CAAUUUCUGUCAAUCAAUUAUUGACAGGACAUUUCAAUGUUACAGGAGGACGUCGUUAAGGAUGGAGACAAUAUGGCGCGAUCAUCCGUAUUGGCUUCCUAACAGAAAAUAGAAUCAUGGAUUUUGCCUGUAUGUUCUUGUUUCUGUAUGUUGUGCUACGAGGGGUCAAUGUAAGGGGCGAACACAACCUUAACAACAGCGAAGUACCGGCAAGCAAGCGGCAAUUUGUAUACGGCCCUGACGACGUGUCACAGAUGAUUAGUCAGCUCUCGCUGCUCAGAUACCGCACCCAGCUCUUCCGCGGUAACGAAGACGAGUGUAACAUCAACAAGCCGUGCCCAAAGGACCAGUUCUGUGAUGUGCACAUGUGUCGCUCUUGUCUGCACGAGAGUACGCCCUGUCACUUUAUCGGAACUUGUUGUCAAGGAUUUGUGUGUCAAUAUGGACAAUGUACUAAGGGAGUUAAGCAAGGGAUGCCUGGGACUUAUUGUGACAAGACUUCUGAAUGCGAUGAAAACAGCUGCUGUGUUCGGGAGCUAUCGUUAAGCACUCGGAAUUCCGUUUGUAAGCCAAUGCUGAACGAAUACGAGUCAUGUGGGCCGAUUAACCUAUUUCAUCAGGUUUAUACCGAUGGACGUGUAGAGCCAGUUUGUGGUCCAUGUAAACAGGGCUUACAGUGCAAAAAUGUUGGGACGAAAGGUCUCCAUUACGUAUGUCUCAAGGAAAAUGUAACUUGAGCAUAGAGCUCACCUACGGCAGGGCUGAAACUCCAUCUACACUAACAAUCUUUGGUUGACAAUUUUUAUGUGAGAAUUUUACUAGUGGAGAGGGAGAAAAGUAGGCAAUUUUUAUGUGGCAACUAUGGUGUUGCUUAAAAGUUAGCAGAAUUCUUUUAUCUCAGCUAUUUUAUUUUAUUUUAUUUUAUUUUAUUUUUUUUUAUUUUUAAAAAAAUUGUCACACAUGAAAAAUUGCCAUGAAAUACUGUGUAGAUGCCAACAAAUAUAGUUGUCAACUAAAAAUAGUCGACUAAAAAUUGUCAGUGCAGAUGAGGCUUUAGAAAAUAAAUUUUGUAUGUUGUUCUAAAAAAAGAUAAUAAAACAAAUCAUUUUCAUUUUCAGAAUAAAAAAAAAUAGCAAUGGAAAUAGCCGGUUUGUAGUGUACUCUGUAAGACACACAUUUUGGUAUGUGUGCAAAUUAAUCAAUCUUGUUUUCGAAAAUUGUCGUUUUUCUAGCUCGCUCGGUCAAUUCCUUAUUAGGACAUUACAUACCAUAUUUGGUUGUCCGCUUAAAUCAGUGUUUUGCUUUUCUGUCGCCCUAGAACUGUGUACUUCAAUAAUUUUUAUGUAAACUUGCAGGAAUUCGUGUUUACGGCGGUUUUGCAUGCCGCCAUUUUAAAGCAGGCCCAGGCCUUAGCGUUUUUAGAACAUCACAGGUUUCCCGCUCGCUCGCCUCAGACUCUUUUAGACAAAGGACUGCCAUUGAUUGUUAUAUCUAAGGGUCUAAUACAUAAGAAACAAGUGGGGAGGAUCUAGAGGGACUAUGGUUGUUAUAAAAGAAACUCAGGAAAAGUUGGGAGCUAUCUAGUACCCAGUCCCGGUCUCCUCCAGAAUCAUAUAAACUCCACAAAACCUCAAUCCAGUGUAUAUUUAUGUGUAUAUACAUAGCUGGUUUUAAUAAUAAAAAAUGUCUAUUAA